CAACUUAAGGGGGCUCGAAACUUGAAAGACAGUAGAAGAUCCUCUUGCUGAAAUGUUGUAGAAACAUUAUGUUUGUCACUAAAUAAGUUUGCAUUUUGAUAACAGUUAAAUAACAACGAAAACGGUACAGCAUUUUAAUUUAAACGCCAUGUAAAACAGAUUAGCAUUUAGAGUAGGCUAAAAUUUGCACGUUAACUGGCGGUGGUGGUGGUGCAUCUGGUUGUCAAGUUCAACAGCUCAGUGUAAACAUUACCAUGAGGUCCAACAAGCACCAAGCAAAGGUGGGGACGACUCGGCGGAGACUUUCCUCCGACGGUGGCCUGUCCACCAGCAGCACCUCGCUCGCUCAAGCCAACGCCAGUGAUCCAGAACACGUCUCCCAAAUUACUGGCACGAGCGUUGAGAAGCAACUCCAGAAGGAAAAUUCUGACUUGAAAAAGCAAUUGGAAGGCCUAAGGGCCCAGUAUCAGCAGCUCCUGCAGGAGGGAAAGGAGGAGACGCUGGAGGAGAGGAGGGUGAACCUGCUGAAGGCCCAGGUCAUGCAGUUGGAGAGACAGGUAGUGUUGCUGUCCGAGGGCCUGAGCGCACAGGUGUGUCGCUGUCACGAUGUUGAGAGAGCCCUGGAUCCGCUCGUAGACAAACUAAGAUCGCUGCUCUGCUCGGAGGCCCCUGGCCCUGAGGUGUGUAUCCAAAAGUCUGAGCUCACCCAGCUGCUUGAGAGGUGUGCAGAUGUCAGACAGAAACUACAUAGGAAAGUCAAGGCAACCACGGUGGAAGACCUCUCCAUGCCCUGGGUGCUGACUAAGUCAAACCUGGUCAAGCAGCCAGUGACCCUGCUUGAUCUCUGCUAUGGCAAGACAAAUAACUUAAACCUUCAGCGAGUGAGUGCCCUGGAGUCCCGGCUCUGCCAGCUGUUCAAACACCUGCAUGGGAUCAGGCAGACCCUGAGCCUGGUGCUGGCCCCCGGCAGUGGAGCGGGGGAGGCCCCCCUCGUCCCACCCCCCCGGCGGGGCCCCUCGGCCCUCUACGCGCGGCUGCUCAACCAGGCGGCGAGCUGCGUGUCCGAGCUGGACGGCUGCUGCAGCGACCUCCUCGUCCUCUCGCUGCUCGUCCCCACGGCCCCAUGGGUGGGCUCGGAGCAGCAGGUGAGCGUGGAGCUGAGGCCAGAGGAGGUGCUGGCGUCUCUGCCGGCCUUCCCCAGAGGGGCCCCUCAGCAGCGGGCCAGGAGGGCCGCCGAGGCUCUGUGCCGAGCCUCCAACCACGCUCAGCUCAUGGCCCUGCAGCAGGUGGAGGCUCUGCAAGCCGAGCUGGAGUUCCACAGAAGCCUGUACAGCCUGCAGGUCACCUACACAGAGGAGCUCAUUCAGGGCGUGCGCCGAGCCUACCAGGCCUUCCAGGACAGCGUCACACACAGCCUGUGUGUCCCACUGCAAGAUGUGCUUUCAUGUUAUGCUGAUUUGCGGAGCUCGGCGUCUGAGGAGGCUCUCCGUCACUUCCUGACAGCGUUCAAGAGCAACGCCGCGCGCGUGCAGGAGGCGGUGGAGGCCCUCGACCCUUCAAAGAGCCAAGGAGCGGAGGCGCUGUCGCGCUACGGCGAGGAGUUCCUGGCGGACGUGGAGCGCGUCCUGGGCGAGUGCGGUCAGCGGCGGGAGCGGGCGGCCGGACGUCUGCAAGCGCUGAAGCUGGAGCAGGAGCAGGCCCUGGAGCUGCUGAGCGGCCUGAGGCUGGAGAGGCAGGAGAGGAGGGCCCAGAGGCAGGCCGGGGCGGGCCCCCAGGGGCCCAGGAGGGGGUCCGAAGGGCCGGCGAGGGGUCCCGACGGAUCUGGGAGGGGGGCCGAGGGGCCCGGGCGGAGUCGGGACGCAGAAAGGAGGGGUUCCGGGGAGCAGGGGAGGGGUCAGACACCAAAGGGGAGGAGUCUCGGGGAGCAAAAGUGCGGUGUGGAGAGUCAAGAGACGAGCUUAGAACAACAUGAGAGUCUAGGGCUCCCGUCCAGAAUGUUGGAACAACAGGAGAGCAGCUUAGAACAGCAAGAGAACUCCGGCUUAGAACAACAAGACAGCAGUUCGGAGAACCGUGGGGGGACGCCUCUGUCUGCCCGGUCCUCCACGUCCGGCAGACGAGAGCGGGCGCGUUCCGCCGGGCGCAGGGGCAGCGCAGGGGCAGAUGAAGUAGCCAGUGGCAGGCAGGCCCCUCCCCUGAGCACCAGUGCCAAGCAGAGGGCUCUGAAGAAAGCCCUGUCCACGGACAUGACAGCAGACACGGGCCCCCGGCGCUCUCCCGCGCAGCCCGCCGGGGUCAUCCAGGGGCCAGCCAGGAGCGCGCCGCGCAAGUUCCCCCCCGUGGAGCUCUCCGGCAGGCCAGAGUGGCAGAGCUAG